AUGAAGAAUAGUAUUCUUGAUUACAACACUAUCUCAACAAUCAGAAAUCAAGAUCAAUCCAGCAAUUCCAAGAACUCUUUGCUUUCUCUAAAUGAUCUCUCUGAGAGUCAAUCCAACAAUUCUCCAUAGACUUAUAGUAAUUCUUACAAACCAGAGAAUUUCAAUGCUUAACCUGCCAGUGUCCAGUAAAGAAAACAGAGCAAAUAAAAGCUAAAUCAAUAAGCUACCUCAGGUACAUUUAGUAAACUACUGAAGUAAAAUAAGAAGGAAAACCUAAGUUCUUUGUUUAAUUCAAAAUAGUCAGUGAUAAACAGCAGUCAAAUGAGCAAUAUGUCUCAAAUUUCUGCUAUUACAGCAAAAAGUCAGCUUAAACAUAAUAAUAUCUCAAGCAUCAGCAAAACUUUUGGAUAAUCAUAAUUUAAAAAAUCAAACAAUGAUAUGAGUUCCUUAAAUAAUUAUAGCAGUGUAACUUAAAAACAGUAAAAUACUACCUCUUUUGGUUAUUUCACUUCUUCACUUAAAGAUACCGUGAAAGCAGUGCGUUAGGAGACCGCUUAGUUGCUGAAAUAGCAGAGUAAUCAUUAAUACUAUGAUAGCGUUCUAAAGAACAAGAGGGACUAAUUUGUAAAUGAUAAUGCUAAGCAAUAUAGAGCUCAUGCUAGAGAGAUCUAAAAGCAGAAUAUCACUAAAGGAGUUGAUGCUCUUGAAAAUAUAAUAGAAUAAAAACUAUCUAAAGAUGGAUUUAAUCAGAUCAAAAUAGUUGCCUAAGUUAUUGAGGAAGAGAGGAUAUUCUAGUUAGAAGAAAUUCUAAUGAAAAACAAAGUCAGAAGAAUGCUAAGAGGAUGGAGACUAAUAUUGCAUAGGCAGCAUUAAAGAAUAGAAAACAUUAUGGGAUUCAUUGAUAAUAGAGAUCUCAGAGUUCAGUUUAAGUAUAUUCAGCAAUGGAAUAAGCAUGUGGCUAAGUAAAAGUUGCUCAGAUCAAUUUAUUCUUCUUUAAUUGAUUACAAAGAUGGAAAUACCAAGUUUUAAGUCUUCAGAUUGCUAAAAAAGUAAUCAAAGAUUAAGAAAGCUUGCUAUGUAACACUAAUGAGGAGGGAUAGAAAAGUUGUUUUAAAAUGUUUCAAUAAAAUCAAGAGUAAUGUGGCAUAAUAAAGAAGUAAAUCAACAAUUAAGACAAGGCUCUAGACAAAAUUGAGAGAUAAGUUUUUCAGGUUCUGGCUAAAAGUAUUUAAACUGAAUAAAGUAUUAAGAUUAAAGUAAAAGCAAAUCAUAAUUGUCUGGCGUUAGUAUGUAAAAAUCAUUAAAAAAGAAUAAAAACACGAAGAAAUACUUAUGAGGAAAGCUUUGAAAAUACUAUUUAAGUACUCUAAGAAUUCAAGGAGACAAAAAGCUUUGAAACUAAAAAAAUCUAAGAACAAACUAGUCCAAUCAUAAAACAGCAAUCAGCAGCCAAUAAUGAAUCUUAAGACUACUUAAUUAUCAUAGAGAGGAAGAGAUAAAUCUCCAUUAAAAUCACAAAAUGUAGAUAAUUCAAUAAUUAUAGAGAAGUCUUUUUCAUUUAUGGAUUCUAAGAGCUUGAUUCAUGACUAGGAUUCUAUCUAUACCUUUGGUAGGCCUACUGAGACUUCAAGAUAAUAUGACAAUAUAAGUGCACUACUUCCAAAUAAAGCUAUUAUGGCUGAGUAGUAUGCUAAGUAUAAAUUGAUGAAACGACAUUUUGGAAGAUUAUUGGUAUUUACAAAACUUAAGAAAGACGAAAGUGAUAUUAUUUUAUCACUCAAGUUCAUUAGGACUUUAAGUAUGAAAAGCAAAAUAUUCUAGGCUUUGAGACCCUCUCAGUUUAGAAAUAGUAAAAAUUGA